UCUGAAAACAGGUUCAGGUCGAACCGAGAAAAAAUCCGAUUAAACAGUUGUUGAAUUGCGGGUGUCAUGCCGGUGCACGCAGUUGGGUGGUAAAAAAUGUGGACUUUUUAGUGGAAAAUCUCUACGCUAUCCAGGAUCCGUUGCGGAAAUUAAGCAUGAAAUCCGGAUUGAUUAGGCAGUUGGUGCCUCAAGUGGUCGCCACGUUUCUUGGCACUCUAAUGGCGGCAUCGGAUGGGAUGACUUAUGGCUGGACCUCACCGAUGAUCCCCUACUUCUUAAGCAACCAGACCCACAUCGAGGUGACCGAAAAAGACACCGAAUGGAUGGAAAGCAUUUGCCUCUUGGGUGCCGCGACCGGUCUACCGUUCACCAUCUUGGGCGUGAACUAUUUCGGAAGAAAAAUCUGUAUGAUCCUGUCGGCUGUACUCGGCUGUUGCUGCUGGAUCGCCUUGUUGACCACCAACAGUCUGGAAGUCCUCUUGACAGCCAGAUUCUUCUCUGGAAUGGCUGGAGACAUGUGCUUUGUGGCCGCACCGAUGUACAUAGCGGAAAUUGCCAAUCCUAGCAUAAGAGGUUUCCUGUCUGCUCUCAUAUACUUGAUGAUGCUAGUGGGGAUUCUGCUGGUGUAUUCGGUGGGUUCCUUGUUGCCUUAUGUGGUAGUACCAUCGAUUGGAAUCGGGUUAACGCUGUGCCAAGUGGUGUUUUUCCCAUUCAUGCCUGAGACUCCGUACUAUUUGGUUUAUGUAGGAAAGAAAGAGGAGGCGAAGAAGUCCUUGAUACGCUUACGUGGCACCGACACUAAUGUGGACGGUGAGAUCAUGGAAAUCGAAAAAGCGGUCGAAAGGCAGAAAACUGAAAAAGGACGUCCCCAGGACCUCAUUCUGAUCAAGAGCAACCGACGGGCCUUAUUGAUAAUGCUCAUCUUGAACGGGAUGCAGCACUUCGUAGGAAUCAGCGUCAUUUUGAUGAACCUCCACGUGAUCCUGGAUGAAGCCGGAUCAGUUUACCUAAAGUCUUCUACGGCGGCCAUCAUAUUUGCAGGGAUAAUGUUAUGCUCCGGCACAUUAGCUUCAGUGAUCAUCGACAAAUUCGGACGUAAAAAACUGCUCAUUUCCUCGAGCAUAUUAACCGGAUGCAUACUCUCCACCAUAGCGAUCUACUUCCACUUAAAAAAUCUCCAGUAUGACGUCAUAUUCGUUAGCUGGAUCCCAGCUGUGAGCAUUAUGAUCUACGCAGCGACCUUCAAAUUGGGGCUGGGACUCGUGCCAAUCGUCGUAACAGCGGAAAUCUUCCCCACAACAAUUAAGGCUAUAGGGAUGACCUUGGGUGACGUCAUCUACGUCGCGGCCUCACUAAUAUCGAUUUCCGCAUACACCAGCAUGUUCCACAGCUACGGAAUGCACGCGCCCUUUUAUUUGUUUACCGUUUGUGCGUUUUGUGCCUGCGGAUUUAUUUACUUCUUCGUGCCGGAGACUAAAGGGAAGAGCCUGGAUGAGAUCCAGAUGAUGCUUAAAGGGAUGAAGCCUGAGGAGGUGCGAGGGGAGAAACAGGUGAAAGAAACUGUGGCUUAACAGAGUAUAAUUGCAUAUUUUUAAUAAAUAACUGUUUUAAGUU